AUGGCAACUAAAACGAAAGUUGUUAAUUUGGCCAAGAUGUCCAGAUUAUUUCAACUAAUAGAGACGAGUGGAUCACUCGACAGAGAAAAGGCGGAGAUUACAUCUAAAAGUUACAAGUUAAUGGUCAAUUAUGGAAUUAUUACACCAGUCAGCAUUGGCAUGUAUGCUUUGCUGCCACUUGGAAUGCGAAUUUUAAAUAAGUUAAUCAACCUUGUUGACAAAGAAAUGGCAAAUAUUGGCGCAGAAAAAAUAUUGCUCCCAGCAUUAACUCCUGUUGCAUUAUGGAAGAAAACUAAGAGAUAUGACUCUAACAAAACUGAACUAUUUAUGCUUAAAGACAGACACCAAAAGGAAUAUAUAUUAAGUCCAACACAUGAAGAAGCAAUCUGCAACUUGGUAUCAUCAAUAGGACGCAUUUCUACUAAGUCAUUACCCUUAAGACUAUAUCAAAUUUCUAGUAAAUGGCGAGACGAAAUGAAACCACGCCAUGGUUUUCUACGUAGUCGAGAAUUUAUCAUGAAAGAUUUGUAUACAUUCGAUACUAACUUGGACAAUGCACAACAUACGUAUGAUUUAGUCUGCGAGUCUUAUAAUAAUAUUUUUAAGCAGAUUGGUAUAAAGUACACGAAAAGCAUAGGUGAUAUGGGGACAAUUGGUGGUCUGCUGUCACAUGAAUAUCAUUAUAUGUCUGAUAUCGGUGAAGACAUGAUUCUUCAGUGCCCUUCGUGUCAUUUCUCUAUUAAUCAAGUUAUUUCUAAAGCGACAAAUUGUCCGGAAUGUAAAAACGAACUACGUCAACAUACUGCUGCCGAGGUGGGACACACAUUUUUAUUGGACACAAAAUAUUCGCAACCAUUACAAGCAAUGUUUAUGGAACAGAAUAAAUUAAAACCUAUGGUAAUGGGCUGUUUUGGUCUGGGAUUAAGUCGUAUCAUGACCUUAGCUCUUGAAAUCUUAUCAGUCAACAACGAAAUAAGGUGGCCUAUUAAAUUAGCACCAUAUACAGUAUGCAUCAUACCGCCCAAGGCUGGAAGCAAAGAAGAAAGUACAUCUAUCUAUGUAGAGCAUCUGUUUGAGAUUCUUCGCAAACGCGAUAUUGAUGCGAUAUUGGACGAUCGUACGCAUCAUACAAUUGGUAAACGGCUGUUAUUCGCACGUGCAACAGGUUACCCUUACAUAAUUGUUAUUGGCAAGGCGGCAACCCAAUCAGUUCCUUUAUUUGAGAUUCAUGAUGUAAAUAAUUCGACCUGUCGUGAAUUAUCAUUGGAACAGAUGAAUGAUUAUUUCGACAAUAUUGAUUUUAAAAAUUAGUAAGCAAUAUAAACAUAUGUAUAUGAGAAAUUAAAUGAAAACAUCG